AUGAACGCCCAUGCGCGCUGUGUGCGACGUGCAAAUGCCGCUGUCAGAAAGAACGCGAAGAAGUCUUCCGACGGUAUUGUUCCUGCGGACACCGUCUCCAGAGAAACACGGGAAAACGCAGCAAGCUUGAAUGAGAACUGUGAUCAAGAGUCGACGUCCGCCCAGGCUGAAUGGCCGCCGGACGAACUCCAAAGUCCUGAACGCAUGCCAUCCUUGAACCAAGAUAGGCCAUCCACCUACGGUCUCGUGGACCAGGGCUAUGAUUCGCAGAACACGAUGCUGUCAGGGUCCGAAGCGAUACCGGAUGCCACCCCUGAUCAUUCUUCCUCCGCAGUGAUCAAUGGGAAGGUGGCUCGAGUGUCUGACCUUAUCGGAUCUGACCUCCCUCCCGCCGAAGCUAGCAUUCUGCUCUUCGAAGUUUUCAUCAAGUCAGUACAUUGGUUCAUGAUGGUCUUUCAUGAAUCAUCUCUGAGAGCGGAGAUGCAGUCUAUACUCACCACUGGUUACGUCGCAGAACGUAACCUGUCCACUCUCGUUUUGAUUCUGGUGAUUCUGUUAAUAGCCACAAAGUACACAACAGAGGAAGAACUGGACAAUGUUUGUGCAGGAAUCGACUUACCUCUUUUACAAUCAAAACUUCUCAAGGCCAUCGAAACUCAUUUUCUGGCUAUUCUCGAUCAGGACAAUAUUGGAACAAUACAAGUCUGCAUCCUCCUGAGCUCGUUUUAUUUCUACCAUGGCCGACCGAAUCGUUGCUUGGCCAUUAACAGUGCUGCGUUGAGGAUUGCACAAAACCUCAAAUUUCACCGAGAACCGUAUUGGCAUGGCAUAGAUGCGACAGAGAGAGAGGUCCGACGGCGUGUCUGGUGGGCACUUUACGUAUUAGACGGUUUUGGGUCCAUCACGUACGGGACCACAACCACCAUAAAGGGGUCAAGAUGUCAGGUCGGUCUGCCUCAGAAUAUUGAUGACACAUCCGAUCGAUGCCCCGGCUUCACUUCUUUCGAGAAUUUCGAGGGUGAAAUCCCACAGGAAGUCACGACCCUCUCGUAUCAGCGAUACAAGUUCAGGCUGUAUCGCAUCGCCGAACCAAUCAUGGGAGAAAUCUACUUCCACGAUGGACGCCCUGUCCAAGAUCUUAUCAAGAAAGUGCAAGAUAUAAACAAGCAACUUCUUGAAUGGGAAAAGAGUGUGCCACCGGAACUAAAUCCGAAGUCAUUUACUUCAUUAUCCAAAGGCGCUCCCGAUCCUCUUACUAGAGUAUUUCAGCUCCAGGCCCUCGCACUGCAACUGUCGUACGAUAACAUCCAGUUGAUUUUGCACCGCCCUUUACUCGUCUAUAAUGGUGUACUUUCUUUGGGACCUCGCCUGAGCGUACCACAACCGCCCGAUUUGAGCACCGGAUUCUGGGAGACAAGCAAAGAGCUCUGCUGGAAUUCAGCCAGGCGCACCUCGUGCGUAGAUGAAUAUCUCGCAACUCUCAAACCUAUCCACAACUACCACGCCACCAGCUAUAUCGGCAUCCAGACCUUUACAGCAGGCGUAAUGCUUGGGAUCUUUGCGUUGUCCAAGCCAUUCUCUGCACAAGCACAGGAAGCGAAGCGAAGCAUUGGGCGCCUCAUCAAGAUGCCGAAGCUGCUCGGUUACCGCACGACAAUAUCAGAUCAGACCGGGCUCAUCUUACAGCGACUACUCCGCCUGAUAUUGGACGAGGAGUUGAAAGUGCUAACAUCAGACGACGUCGCACCUGCAGCAGUGGCCCGUGGGUCAGACAAGGGAUGUCAUUAUCCAACUGCCAGCGUCGCAACAGCUCGAAUAACGGUCGAUCUCAGCAACAGUAUAUCCACAGCGAGCAACGAUAUGCGUAUGCACCCUACCUCGGCGUCGAAUGAGGAAUCAUCGUAUGGCAAAUCUGCAGUUGGUAGCUCCGGAAAUCAUCCACUACCGCGAACACAAGGAAUCUCCGGCAUUGGGGUCAAUCCUGUAGAGGUUGUUGACUCACCGGUCCCGCAGCUGCCAAGCUACGGCAUUGUUCCUCCCAGUCAAGGCUCGGAAGAGAGCAAUGACCCUGUCGGUGCAAUAUUGUUCAACCCGUCUCUUGGCGGUUCAUUCUUUGACAGUGGAUUUCUCAAUGAGCUCGAAGACCUUGGCCAGGGGUGGAUGUGGGAAGACUGCUACCAGUUCGCGUGA